UUGAUUAAAACUGGAACGGCAUACAAGAAAAAAAAAUAGUCGACGUGCGACUAAGAUAUGAAACUAAUUGCGAGUAAUUGUCAUUUCGCUCGUUGUUGCCACCGAGCUGGAAGCAGGGGCACCACGUGACUCCUCUAGUGCUCGAGCCUGCUCUGUUUGUUCAGCCAGAGAGGCAGAGAAGAAGAAAGAUGGCGGCUCUAGGCGAACCUAAACGGGACGCCGGGCUAACGUUUUGAGCUUUCAAACCCGAAAGGACACGAGGGCUCCACGGGUUCACCGCCGGGACAGCUUUGUAAGGGUGCCGCUUUCGCUCGCCUUCGUGGAGGUUAAAUCAACGCAAACAUUGGGAUCGUAAAAUACUAGAUUCCGCUCUAUCAUGAGAGGGAAAAGGGGCAGGCCGCCCAAACCGCUACAAGCCGAGGACUCGUCUCCAGCUACGGCCCGAGGCUUGAGACCCAGGAGGAAUCUGAAGCCCAGGUUCAGGGACAGCGGGGACGAGGACGCAGAGAGCCCCACGAGGGAGCCCGCCAAGGCGGCCAAGAAGAGGAAAGCGGGAUCCGUCACGUCAACACGGGGCAGGGGACGAGGCAGAGGAGGAGGUUGUGGGAGAGGUGGAGGUUGUGGGAGAGGAGGCAAAAGGGGCCGUGGAGGGAAGCGGACGGUUGCGUCCAAAACAGUGGUGUACGACGAUCACGAGAGCGACGAGGACGACGAUGCUGUCAGUCUGAGGUCGGAGGAGGACGAGUUUGUGGAGGAGGAACCUCAAUCCGAGGAGGACGAGGCCCUCAAAGAGGAGUCAGACUGCCUUGAAGAUGAUGUGCUGGACGAGGAGGAGGAGGAGGCGGAGGAUGAUGCCAGCUACUGUACAGAGAGUAGCUUUCGGAGUCAGAGCACACACGCCAGCACUCCGGGGAAGAAAAAAGUCCGGCCUCCCCGACCUCGCACUCCCAUCUUCGAGGAGAAGGAGAUUCCUCCUCUCGAGCUUCCCGACACCUCCCAGGAUCUCCUGGUGCCCAGCGAAGAGCUGCUCAACGCCGCCUCCAUCUACGAGGUGCUGCGUAACUUCAGCACGGUGCUGCGUCUCUCCCCCUUCCGCUUCGAGGACUUCUGUGCGGCACUGGUCGGCCAGGAGCAGUGCACUUUGAUAGCGGAGACCCACAACGCCCUCUUGAAACUCAUCCUACGCGAGGAGGACACCUCCAACACCACCUUCGGCCCCGCUGACCUCAAGGACAGCGUCCACUCCACUCUGUACUUCAUCGACGGCAUGACGUGGCCCGAGGUGUUGCGGGCGUACUGUGAGAGCGACCGGGAGUACCAUCACGUCCUGCCGUACCAGGAGGUGGAUGAGUAUCCCUACGGACCGCUCGAAAGCAAGAUCAAGGUGUUGCAGUUUUUGGUGGACCAGUUUCUCACCACCAACAUCGCCCGCGAGGAGCUGAUGUCCGACGGCAGCAUGCUGUACGACGACCACUGCCGCGUGUGCCACCGCCUGGGCGACCUGCUGUGCUGCGAGACCUGCUCGGCGGUCUACCACCUGGAGUGUGUGAAACCACCGCUGGUGGCGGUUCCGGAGGACGAGUGGCAGUGUGAGAUUUGCGUGGCGCACAAGGUGCCGGGUGUCACAGACAGUGUGACGGAGGCGCAGAAGAACAGGCCCUACAUCCGCCAGGAGCCCAUUGGAUACGACCGCCACCAGAGGAAGUACUGGUUCCUGAACAGAAGGAUUAUUGUCGAGGUGGACAGCGAGCACGAGAAGAAGAAGAUCUGGUACUACAGCACCAAGGCCCAGCUAGAGGAGCUCAUGGACAGCCUGGAUCGGCAGUACUGGGAGACGGACCUCCACGCCACCUUGGAGGAGAUGAAGGAGGAGGUGCAGGCCCACAUGACCAUCACGGAGGACCUCACCAACAGAGGCCGCGGAAACAACAGAUCCUACCUCUCUGCUGCCAACGAUGUGAUCAUGGAGCGCAUAAAGAUCCGGCGGGAAGCAAAGAGGCGGACAGAGGACCCGAAACAGGAAGCAGGAACGGGCUCUGUUAAAGCAGCGGAGGACGAGCUCCCCCCGCUGCUCGACAACGGAGAGUGCAAAGACGCCGAGGCCAAGGAAGACGCUGGUUCACAAGCCGCCGCGGUUCCCCCUGCUGCUGAGGACAGCCGCGUGUCUGACCUGAGCGCCGGCUCGGCCGCCCAGGACGCAGCCGGGCCUAAAACGGAGUCCCUCGAACCCAACGGGGAACCGCAGCCCGCUCAGUCUGGGAGCCAGGAGAGCGGGGAGUCCCCUUCGGUGGCGAAGCAGGAACGGACAGGUGAAGGUGUGAAAGCGGAGUCUAGCAGCGAGGACAAGCGCCCUGACGUUUCUCAAGAUCGGCCGCGGUCAUCUCAACCAGAGGCGAGCCACAGCCAGGCUUCAGACCUCAGGAAACCGGAGCAGCCUGACCUGGCCGAUCGGUCCUCCCGGUCCUCUUUCACCAGCCAGGAUGGGACAGACGAGUACACCAAUAGGGUCAAGAGUGAUAACGGGAGACCGGCCGGACGGGAAUCGAAUAACCAAACGGCCAGAGGCAGCAAAGAGUCCUCUCCUGUGCGCUGCGACGGCGAAUCGUCGCGUCUCAGCUUCUUAAAAAGGGACCUGACGGUGAACUUGAACAACUUGUUCAAACUGGGCCAGGAGGGUAAAUACAGGGUCUACCACAACCAGUACAGCACCAACGUCCUGGCCCUGAACAAGCACCAGCACCGCGAGGACCACGACAAGAGACGCCACCUCUCCCACAAGUUCAGCCUGACCACCGCGUCGGAGUUCAAGUGGAACGGCUCCAUCUACGGCUCGCGGAGCCUGACCGUCUCCACCCUGCGUCUCACCAUUAUUCAGCUGGAGACCAAUGUCCCGGGACCAUUUAUGCAUCCUAACUGGGCGUCGCACAGGACCAACUGGAACAAAGCAGUGCAGAUGUGCAGCAAGGCCCGGGAAUUUGCUCUGGCCUUGGCCAUACUGGAGUGUGCCAUCAAACCCGUGGUGAUGCUGCCAGUAUGGAAAGAUUCUCUUGGACACACGAGGCUACUUCGUAUGACCUCCAUGGAGCGGGAGGAUAAGGAGAAGGUGAAAAAGCGCGAGAAGAAGCUGGAGGAUGAGGAGACACUGCUACAGGCCACCUGGGUGAAGUACACCAUCCCCAUUAAGCACCAGGUGUGGAAGCAGAAAGGGGAGGAGUACAGAGUGACCGGGUAUGGUGGCUGGAGUUGGGUCAGCAAGACUCAUGUGCCGCGGUUCGUCCCAAAGCUGCCAGGGAACACAAACGUUAACUACCGCAAAGAGCUGGAGGCUAAAAUGAGGAAGCAAAAUGCAGCGGCUUAUACUAAUAAGCAGAAAAAGUUGACGGAAAAUAAGAAGCAGGAUCCUCGGAACGCACCGCACGGGGACAAUGAGCAAGCGUCCGUCACUGCUUCAUCUCAGAGCACUUCAUCAGAGGAGGACUGCAAACCCCCGACCCCAAAGGAGGAAGAAAAGCCCACGGAGGAGGAGCAGGGAAAGAAAGAAGAAGAGAAGAGUGAAGAUGAAAAAAUGGAGGUUGACCCCUGCUCAGAAACUGCUUCUUCAAAUGUCGAGAAAGAUCAAGCUGAAAACAGAGACUCCUCCUCGCCCUCUGUGUCGCCUGUGAGGGAGGAGCCAAUCCAGAAAGUUGAACAACCCAAGAGUGAGGCGACCACUGCGUCAAAGACCUACUACGAUGUUGUGAACGUCAGCGAGGGCUUCCAGCUGCGGACAGCUUACAAGAAGAAAGUGAAGCCUUCCAAACUGGAUGGGCUUUUGGAGCGGCGGGUGAAACAGUUCACCUUGGAGGAGAAGCAGAGGCUCGAGCGAUUAAGACAGGCUGCACUGCUGUCCAAAAAUGCUGCCACAAAGCCUACAUCCGGAGUUAAGACUGAAGGAUCCACAUUAGGGAAACAGCAGCCUGCUGUGACCCCGUGUGUGAAAAAAGAGGAGGAGGGCCCUCAGGUGAAAGACCACGUGGUUAAAAAGCUUAACUUUGAGCAGGAGCAGACGAAGAUAAAGGCCGACACGGACGUCAAAUCCGAAACCACGGAACCCAACCGCAGCAAGCAGACGGAGGUAAAUGCUGCGCAGGGGAACUGCGGGGAGACCGUAGCUCACAAAGAAGUGAACGGAGGACCCCUAUCGAGCACCGAGCCCAACGGUAAAAACAAUUGUAUAUCGGACGCAAUAGAAAGUAAAGAAAAAACACAGAGGCCAGAGGUGGCUCGAGUGGGAGAGAAUGCUAAGAAACGUGGGUACGAGGAAAUGGAGCAGAGCUGUGGACAGAGCACGGAGGUAGACCAAAGCCAGACCGGGCCUGUGCAGGUGAACGGGAAAACUGGGCUCACCGCCCCUGCAGACUCCAACACCAACUCGGACCCAGCCAGUCAAGACCAAGGUAACAUCAAAGAGACUGUCAAGUCUCUGAUGAAUGGUAAGCUCUCUCAAAAUGAUGUCUCCGACAUAUGUCACCCACCUCCCCUGAAAGUCCCAAAAUUAGAGAACCACGUGGCAGAGAAAGGAGACGCUCUCAACAAGGCUGUGGAUGUGGCCAUGGACGGAGAGGGGACACUACCCGCUAAGCCUCCUUCCUCGAGCCCUUCUUGCCUGAAUAGUAAUAACGGCGGUAGCAAAGGUUUGAACACCUCAGCUGACGCCACCACCGCGGAGUCCCAAAAUGUGGCGACAACCGAUCUGUCCAGCAAGAUCAGUAAGUCUGAUGCGACGCCUCAAGCGGCAAGCAGCGCAGUCUCCUCUGUCGUCACCACCACCCAGCUCAGCUCCAGGGCAUUUGGCUCUCAGAGGACUAAACCGCCAAUAGCCGACACCAAGACGGGCCCUUCAACCAGCUCCAUGACGAUCAGUAAGGAGUAUUCCACCAAAGACCGGAUCAGCCUUCUCAGGUUCUCCAAGUCCAAGAAGGCCCGCUCAGGGACGGCCCUGCCGUCCUACCGCAAGUUCGUCACCAAGAGCAGCAAGAAGAGCAUCUUCAUCCUGCCUAAUGACGACCUGAAGAGAAUGGCGAGGAGGGCGGGUAUCAGAGAGGCGCCCAUCUUCAACUACAACGCCAAGCCCGCCCUGGAUAUAUGGCCCUACCCCUCACCUCGGCCCACUUUUGGGAUCACGUGGAGGUACCGUCUCCAGACUGUGAGGUCGCUAGCUGGGGUCAGCCUGAUGCUGAGGCUGCUGUGGGGCUGCCUGAGGUGGGACGACAUGGCUGUUAAGCCCUCUGCUGCUGUGGGGACGACACGGAAAGAAACCACGGACACGGACAUCACCACAACAGAGAUCAUAAAACGGAGAGACGUGGGGCCUUACGGCAUCCGCUCAGAGUACUGCAUCAGGAAGAUCAUCUGUCCGCUCGGAAACAGAGACGCUCCCAAAGAAACGCCCACUCCACAGAGGAAAGGCCUGCGCUCAAGUGCCUUGAGGCCGAAGAAGCACGAGCCAGCGAAGCUGACCGGGCCUAUAGCUGUGGAGACAUGGGUGGCUGAAGAGGACCUGGAGCUGUGGGAGAUCAGGGCUUUUGCUGAAAGAGUUGAGAGGGAGAAGUCGCAGGGUAUUGAUUCCUCUAAGACUGGUAGUAGUCUGAAGACGGCAGAGGAAGUCAAGGCCCAUCUGGAGAAUCAGCUGAAACAGGCCAGACUUGCUGCCCAACAGAAACGUCUGGAACCGCUGAGGCCGGGUACACCCGCCGGCACUCCCACCACCUCGGCCGGCACUCCCAGCACCCCGGCGUUCGUGGGCCAGAGGACAGGUCAGGUCACACCCGGAGCUAAGAUGGUCCUGGCCUCCAAACUGAGCCCUCCGGUUUCCUUUCAGCAAGACAAGAACUUCCAUCAGUCUUUUGCGUCCUGGGUGAAGCAGGGUCAGACCAACAACACCUCAGCCCCCGUUGGCUCGGUGACCACCGUGGCUAGCGGCGUCGCCACCUCCGAGCAAACCUUCCAGAUCGCUGGCAGCCCAUUGGCUGUGGCUGGCCAGGUCCUCGCCGCCAAACUCCCGCUCCCCGCUAACAGCAAGAUUGUCACGCUCAACGUGCCCACCGCACAAGGAGGCGUAGUCCAGCAGAAAGUCCUGGGCAUUUUCCCCUCGGGGCCCCCUGCGAACCUGAGGACGUACAGCACACUACACCCUACGACUGGCAACAUCAACCUCAGAGCCAGCACCUCCUCUACCACCCAGCAGCAGGUUGUCGCAGCAGGAGGCCAAAUGCAGCCUGUGACGACGAUGGGCCAGUCCCUGACCCCAGCUACCUCUGUGGGCGCAGCAAUGGCCGGAGGUCCAGCCUUGGCUCAGCAAGGCCAACCUCAGCCGGCUGUGACACAGAUGGGUCCUGCUUCUACACCUGUUCAGAGGGCAGCGGGUCCUGCACCAACACCUCAUGCAGCCACCACAGCACCUGGACAGUCACCUGUAGCUUCGUCCCAGACCAACAGACCACAGCAGGGUCAAGUUAAGCUCACUAUGGCACAGCUCCUGCAGCUGACACAGGGUGCUCAGGGUGGAAACCCAGGUCUGACUGUGGUGAUCCAGGGUCAGGGCCAGACCCAGGGACAGCUGCAAAUCAUCCCCCAGGGAGUAACAGUCAUUCCCGUUCCUGGUCAGCAGCUAAUGCAGGCAGCCAUGCCCAACGGCCAGGUCCAGCGCUUCCUCUUCACUCCCAUCCCCCCAUCCUCAUCAGCCGCAACUUCAGCACCCACUCAGACCCCUCAAGCCCAAAUCUCAACGCCGACUCAAGCCGGAACCCCUGCGCAAGUCCAGACGACUCCCUCGGCCCUAGGCCAAACCCAAAUGCCAUCCCCCGUACCCGCUCCAACGCAAAUGCCAAGCUUGGCGCCCACAGUCCCUGUGCAAACCCGAGUUGCAGCCGCUACCACCCCGUUAUCAGUCCCUGCACAGUCUCAAAUAUCCACUCCUGUGCCGGCCCUGCCUCACGUUGCAGCCCAGGCCUCCACACCAGCCUCUGUCCCCGCACAACCCCAAGUGGCAAGAACUGUGCCUACCCCGUCACAAAAUGCAGGCCCGGCCAUGUCUCAGACAGUCUUCGCCUCAGCUUCAACCCCUGCGCAAACCCAGGUCUCCACCCUCGCCCCAGGUUCAUUCCCAACACAAACUGCAGCGUCGCUCCCUGUCACGGGACACGUCGCACCUCAAGCCCAGAUCCAGACCCAUGCCUUCAGCCAUGUCCCUGCUUUAGCCCCGGUCUCAGUCAAGGCGGCCGCCACAGCAGCCGCUUCUAACUCGGCCCAAACGUUUGCUUCCCCCUCUCUUCCCUCGCCUGUCCAAGUUCCAACCCCGGCUCUUGCUCCAGUCUCUGCUCCCGUCCUAGCUGUUGUGUCCACCACCCAUAUCGCUGUCCCGUCCCCAGCCAGAGCUCUCACCCAAAUCCAGGCCACGGCACCGGUUCCCCUUCACGCUGCUGUGGCCAACGCAGUCGUCACACCAGUCACCGCCACCUUUACAACACCCUCAGUGCCAGCUCUGACCGAGCAGAGGGCAGCUCAGCCCCAGGUUUGGACUCCGGCCUCAUCUCAAGCUCAGACUCCUGUUCAGCCAGCUCAGCAGGCUGCUGCUCCAGCGCAGACACUCGGCCUCGCCACUGUGCCCGCUUCUGCAUCGGUCUCCAUGCAUCCAUCACCUGUCGCCCUUCUGCCUCCAGCAGCUCUUCCUCCUCAAGCUCAAGGACACGUCCAGCACCCUACCGUUGUGUCCAUGCAGCAUGUGUCUCAAAUCCCGGUCUCAGCAGUGCAGGUUCAUAUGGGACUACCAGUCUCUUCUGUUGUUACUACGGUCAGACCCACGCAGCCUCAGCUCCAGCCCCAAACCCUUGCUCAACUUCAACCCCAGCGUCAAACCCAGAUCCGUGCACAGAUUCAGGUCCAGCCCUUUGGCCAAGUCCAACAAAUGCCUCACAUUCCGACUCAAGCCCAUCUCCAGGCGCAAGCCCAAAGCCACCCCCAGGUCCGAGUUCAGUUUCAGCCACAACCUCAGCAACCGCCCCAUGCCCAAGUACAGCCCAUUGCUCAAAAUCAACCUCAGGUGCAGUUUCAGUCCCAAAACCAAACUUUGACCCAGCCGCAGGUCCAGGCCCAGCUCCAAACAAGGGUCCAGCCUCAGUACUACCCCCAGGUACAGGCUUCAUUUCAAACACAGGCUCAAACCCAACCCCAGGUCCAAUCUCAACCCCAGGUUCAGUCUCAGGCCCAAACUCAGUUACAGCUACAGCCCCAGAUCCAAACCCAACUGCAUCCCCAGGUUCAGGUCCAGUUCCAGCAACAGAGCCACGGUCACCCACAACUACAGACCCUGCAGCAACCCCAGGUACAAACUCAAGUCCAAACCCAGCCCCAGUUUCAAGUCCAGUCACCGCAGCAGACCCAGGUCCAGCAACAGCUUCAGGUCCAAGCCCAACCCCAAGUCCAAGCUAAGCUCCAAGUCCAGUUCCAGCCUCAGAACCAAACUCAAGUUCAAGCGCAGCCUCAGCUUCAGGUCCAGUCUCCGAUCAGGCAUCAGCUCAUCACCGUUCCAGGCCUCCAACAGCCUGUCCAGCUUCUCUCGGCUCUGCCGCCCCAUGUUGCUGCUCAGAUCCAAGCCCAGAUCCAGGCACAGGCACAGCAGCAGGGUGGGGCAGUUCCCCAGCAGAUCAAACUGCAGCUGCCAAUCCAGAUCCAGCAGACAGGGGGGCAAAUCCAGGCCCACCAAAUCCAGAACAUGGUGACAAUACAGGCACCAGCGAGCGUCCAGGAGCAGCUCCAAAGAAUACAGCAGCAGCAGCAGCAACAACAGCAGCUGCAGCAGCAGCAGCAGCAGCAACAGCAGCAGCAACAGCAGCAGCAACAACAGCAGCAGCAACAACAACAACAACAACAGCAACAAAAACCAAAGAAGAAGAAACACCAGGAGGUUAAAAGGGAACAGAAAGAGCAGAGUCUGCAGGCCGUUAGCCCCGGGGAUGGCAUCCAAAAGCAGGUGGUCGUGAAGCAGAACGCUACAGCAGAACAGCUGAAACAGAAGAAGAGCCUGGCUGCCGCUGAGAGAGAGGAGAACCAGAGAAUGAUCGUGUGCAACCAGGUGAUGAAGUUCAUCCUCGACAAGAUCGAGAAGGACGAGAAGCAGGCGGCGAAGAAGAGGAAGAAGGAGGAGGUGGUGGAGCAGAAACGCUCCAGGCAGAACGCCACCAAGCUGACCGGGCUGCUGUACAAGCACAAGGAGCAGCUGAAGGCGGAGAUCCUGAAGAAGAGGGCCCUGCUGGACAAGGAGCUGCAGCUGCAAGUACAGGAGGAGCUGAGGCGGGACAUAGCCAGGCUACAAAAAGAAAAGGACAAAGCCAGAACCGCCAUCACUCAGGCCGCCGCAGCGACGAUCAAGGCGGCCUCUUCUCACUCCUCCCAUCCCUCUCACGCCACACAUUCCUCUCACAGUGCCCACGCGGCGACCUCGCCGUCCUCAUCGUCCUCGUCCCACAAACGCAAGAGGGAAGAGGAGCGGGACAAAGACAGGAUCAAAGACAGAGACCGGCACCACGACAAGGACAAGCAUCACGACAAGGACAAGAAGCGGGACCGGGACAAGGACCGAGACAGAUGUCGGGACCGAGACAAAGACCGAGACGGGGAUCGAGAGAAGGAGAAGGAGAAGGAGCGGGAGCGGGACAGACAUCGGGACAGAGACAAAGACAAGAACAAAGACAGGGACAGAGACAAGGACGGAGAUAAGGACGGAGACAAGGACGGAGAUUCCAGCUCGUCCAAACACAAGAAGAAGAAGAAGCUGUCUUCUACCUCAAAGGAUCACAAGAAGGACACCAAGUUGUACUGCGUCUGCAAAACAGCCUACGACGAGUCAAAGUUUUACAUCGGGUGCGACCUGUGCUCCAACUGGUUCCACGGCGUGUGUGUCGGCAUCACGGAGAAAGAGGCCAAGAAGCUGGAGGACUUUGUGUGCAAUGACUGCAAACGCGGUCAGGAGGGAGCGAGCAACGAGGAGUUGUUCUGCAUCUGCCGGACGCCGUACGACGAAUCGCAAUUCUACAUCGGCUGCGACCGCUGCCAAAACUGGUACCACGGCCGGUGCGUGGGCAUCCUGCAGAGUGAGGCCAAUCAAAUCGACCUGUACGUCUGCCCGCAGUGUCAGUCAACGGAGGACGCCAUGACAGUCCUCACGCCGCUCACCGACAAAGACUAUGAGGGGUUGAAAAGAAUACUACGCUCGUUACAGACUCACAAGAUGGCCUGGCCUUUCCUUGAACCGGUGGAUCCCCACGACGCACCCGAUUAUUACCGCGUCAUCAAGGAGCCGAUGGACUUUUCCACAAUGGAAACCCGCUUGCAAAAGCGACACUACCACAAGCUCACCGAGUUUGUGGCCGACGUGACCAAAAUCUUCGACAACUGUCGCUAUUACAACCCCAACGACACGCCGUUCUUUCAGUGCGCCGAGGUGCUCGAAGCCUUCUUUGUACAGAAGCUCAAAGGUUUCAAAGCGAGCAGAUUGUCAGAUUCUUAAGUGGGCCAGUCUAGCUGGAGUCUGGACUGGAUGCUGGGGGUCUCUAGUAAUAAUGAAAUGGGAACUUUCGAUUUACAGAACGGCAAACAAAAUAAAACAAAACAAAUCUGUUGAUAAAGAAAAAAAAAUUACACAAAAACACCAAUUGUGCUUUCAUGUAAAUUCCACCAAUUUAACUUUUUUUUUUGGUUACUACAAUAUUCAGUUUAGUCACAAUGGCAGCCAUGUUGAGAUGCGUUUACCAUGUAAUCGAGGGACAAGCUUUCUUCUCAUCAUGUCCUUAAAUCUGGCCUUUGUUGAACAGUCCUUUGUGUUUUCAGUGGGAUUUUAAAUGCAUUUGACUUCCUAACUUGUAUUUAUUUUCUGUUACACAUCUGAGUUGGAUUGGAUAAUGUGUUGACCUUGCCAGGUAUAAGAAACGUAUAUAAAGCUGCAUAUUUUAUUAUCUAGAGAUAUUUAUGAGAAGUUCUGUAUGUUACAUCCCUUUUGAGUUUGAUCGAGCUGGCUGUUAAGGUGGUUGUCUUGAAUGUACAUACUUUUUAUCAUGUACAGCGGUUGUAAGAUAUGUCUAACUCUUGUGUUUGAAUGUUUUUAAAAAGAAUUAUGAAGCAAAUCAUUUUAGAUGGUAUUAUUUUAUGAGACUAAAAUGUACUACAAAGAGCGAGGAAUCCUUGCUUCACACAGUAACCUCAGUUUGUAGUUGUGGAAGAUUUCCUUCACUAAUAAAAGCAUUCCCAGUGAAUUUACACCAACACGGCUUCAGGAUCCUCCGCCGACCUCUUUGCAUCCUCUGUUUGUUUUUUGUCGAGAUGUCGCGACCGUAAAUGAAAGAAAACUGCGAAGGGCUCUCAACUUUCCUCUCCCCUCUCUCCGCAUUCUGUAGGUCUCAUAACAACAAGCUACAGUGUUCGUCAGCCUCUUAGAAAGCACCGCACAUUGCUCAAACAAAAUGCACUUGCCAAGAAUAUGGCUUUUUCUGAACUGUAAACUCUGUGACAGACUCGGCCUCGUCCCGUGUGUGGGAUCAGCUCCCUUGACUGUCGGUGCAGCCAGCGCUGUUGCUCUCGCAGAGCUGUUCAGGCAGAGCUGUCCAUUUCAGCUCUAAGGGACCUUGUUUUUGUCUUUUUUGGACCUGUCUUCAUCAGUGGGACUGUACUGAGGAGCGCGAGCGACUGAGGCGUUUCAGAAGAAAAGUUUACCUCGGAGAAAAAGACUCUUAAGGAGCUCUCAUAUUUCUAUGUUUAUUUUUUGAUCUCGGCCUUUUUUCUUUUCUUUCUUGUUAAAAAAAAAAAAAAAACCCUCAGGCCAUCCUUGUGGUCAUCAUGUCCAAUGAGAAAUAGGAAAUGAAAUAAUGUAUCGAGAGUUUCUUGUCUAAAUUUCGGAUAUCGCAGUGGAACUUUUUAUUUUUUUUCUCCCGUUUCCACACAUUGUUUCGUCUGAAGUGGCAUGAAAGAGAGUUGUACUGAAUAGCUGGACUCCAGUAGUUUGCUUGGUUAAACUUCUAUAACCUCCUGAAAGUACAGUAAUAAGCUAUUGUAAAUGGACUGCUCUGCGGUAGUGACUGACUGAGGAUGAAGCAACAUAUUUGAAGGCUCCUGCCCUGUUUGUAAAAAAAAAAAACAAAAAAAAAAACAUUUCGACUUGAUUUCUUUUUCUUUUUUUGUAUUACAUCUGAAGAAAUAUUGAUGUAUAUGGAACUUAAUAAAAAUGAAAAGACUGAG